GACCUUCUUCGAGAGCCCUCACGAGGCUUGUUCCAAUUUGGCUUUGCAGUUUCUGUGGCAAGGCGCAGUCAAGAUGAGAACAAGGUCUAUCGUGUGCCAGUUUGGCUGGCUCAAAUGCAGCUUCUUGCUGUGCCUUGUGAUGAGCGCCAGCAUCUUUUGGGUUCUCCACUUGAAGGAGUCGCCCGCCCCGAUGCUAACGCCGUGCCGCCCCUUCUCUGACCAGUGUCGAGAUGCUCUUCCUGAUGCCGACGCAUGGAUAAAAUUGCACCGGCUUGACUGCCAGGUCCAAAGGUACGUUACGAACAAGAAGCUUCAGUGCUCAAAUCUGAUGCGAGACCUUCACUUCGUCACGAGAGCUCUGAGCCACGAGGAGGAGGAGUACCCACUGGCAUUCAUCUUGACCGUUCACAAAGAGCUGGAGCUUUUGGUACGGCUGCUGCGGGCCAUUUACGCGCCCCAAAAUGUCUACUGCAUUCACGUGGAUGCAAAGGCGCCACAGGAGUAUCGGGCAGCGGUGCAGAAUCUGGUGGGCUGUUUUAAAAACGUCUUCCUGUCCAGCCGCAGCGAGACAGUGACCUACGCUGGCUUCUCGCGCCUGAAGGCGGACUUGAACUGCAUGGCGGAUUUGGCCACGUCCGAGGUCGGCUGGAGGAAGGUGCUCAAUCUGUGCGGGCAGGACUUCCCGCUCAAGAGCAACCUGGAAUUGGUGCGCCAUUUGCAGAGUAAGGAGUGGCGGGACAGGAACAUGACGCCGGGGAUUAAGCAGCCGGCGUAUUUUCGAAGACGGACAAAAUUCCGACACAGGGAGAUCGGUUCGCGCGUCGCUGUCAUCGGAGGGAACAAAGACCCGCCUCCUCACAACCUCGAAAUAUACUUUGGGUCCGCCUACUACGCACUCACGAGAGGUUUUGUCAACUUUGUUCUUGAGAGCCCCAAAGCCCGUGACCUCCUGGAGUGGUCCAGAGACACGUACAGUCCAGAUGAGCACUACUGGGUGACGCUCAAUCACGUCAGAGAGGCACCAGGCAGCAACAUGGAUGGUGGCUGGGAAGGAGGCAUCCGGGCUAUCAAGUGGGAGGAUCAAAUAGGAAAGGCGCACGACGGCUGCAACGGUCGUUAUGUGCGCUCAAUCUGCAUCUACGGAGUCAAGGACCUGCCGUGGCUCAUUAGGACCAAUCACAUGUUUGCCAACAAGUUUGAGAACGACUUCCUGCCGGAGGCACUGGACUGUCUGGAGCAGUGGCACAGGAACAAGUUGCUGAGCAACGCCAGCGUUCCCAUCGAGUCGUCAUGGCUGCUGGCCACACCAAACGACAGUCACCAUGACAUCGCGGCGUGAGACGCUGUCCCCGGGGGGUGACAAACGCAGGAACUGAAGGGGUGAUGCGCUCAUUUGCCUUGAGCA